AAAGAUGGCCGCCGCUGUGCCCUCAGCACCGGAAGUGGCCGGUUGGACGGCUGGGAGGACCUCCCUGUGCACUGUUUGGUGGGUGAAAUGAAAGUGGCCGGGGUGGUGAUCUGGUUUUUGUUGCUGCCACUCACAGCCCGAUGUGUGGAGCCGAUCUCUAUGGCCUUCGGGACCCUAAUCACAGGAGUCGUCACCUACUAUGGGCUGCUUUGGUAUUCCCCCGAUCAGUGCCGGCUGGAGGGGGCCAUCAAUGUCACAGCUCUGCAGGUCGAGUUCGAGGAGAAAAUCUUCGGGCAGCACCUGGUCAAGCGGGUGAUCCUAAAGGCAGUGCCAAAAUUUUUGGAGCACAAAAACCCUAAGAAACCCCUAGUACUUUCCUUCCACGGCUGGACUGGUGCCGGCAAGAACUACGUCAGCCAACUCGUGGCCCGCCAUAUAUAUCCCCUGGGCCUGAAGAGUAAACAUGUCCAUCAGUUUGUGGCUACCCUGCACUUUCCACACGCCAGCCUCAUAGAUGCUUACAAGGACCAGUUACAGUCGUGGAUCCGAGGGAACGUGUCGGCCUGUGAGCGAUCCAUCUUCAUAUUUGAUGAAGUAGAUAAGAUGCAGCGUGGCCUGAUGGACUCAAUAAAGCCGUACCUCGAUUACUACGACCAGAUUGGUGGCGUCUCCUACACCAAAGCCAUCUUCAUUUUCCUCAGUAAUGCUGGAGGAGAAUACAUCUCUGAGUUGGCCUUGCGUUUCUGGAAGACUGGAAAGAAGAGGGAAGAUAUCAAGCUGAGUGAUGUGGAAAACCAUUUAUCCAUUCAUACCUUCAACUCAAAGGAUGGUGGCUUGUGGCACAGCAGCCUGAUAGAGAAAAACCUGAUUGACUUCUUUGUGCCGUUCCUCCCGAUGGAAUUUGAGCAUGUGAAGAUGUGCGUGAGGGCGGAGCUUCGUCAGCGCGGCUUUAUGGCCGAUGAAGACAUGGUCCGCACAAUAGCCAAUGAGAUGGCUUAUUUCCCCAAAGAGGAAAAAAUUUACUCUGAUAAAGGGUGCAAAACAGUGUCCGCAAAAAUCCAGUAUUACCUAUGAAUUGGCAACGAGGUGUAGAGAUGGUAUUAGAAGAUGGAAGAAGCAGGACGCCACUUUUAAGACGACAAUUGGGCUCUAUCCAUUAAUGAGGAAGGCAGCUGAGAUGAUGAUGAUGGCUUAUCUCCUUUUCUUAAUUGCUAUGCAAUCGGAGGAAAUCGGAGUGACAUCUGAGAGCGGAGACCUCCCGUCGCUGUAUGAUGAACUCAUCACGCUUUGUAUGGAGCUGAAAUCUUGGAAGCAUUGUUGGUAACCAGAGAGAACCUUUUGUAGAAACUCUCAAAGGACAAUUUUCACCCAUCAAAGAUAAAUACACUGUGAAAACCUUUU